AAAAUUAGAAAGAGGGUCAAAUCCGAUGAAUUUGGGUCCCCGUAGAGAGGCGGUUGGCCUUGUUUCUCCGACGCUAAAUAAAAUUCUGUGAACUUAAAAGAGUUGUGGAAGAGGCAGAGGCUUAGGGUAGAGAUAGAGAACAGAGCGAUGGCUUCCCUUUGCCUCUCAAUCCCCACCUUGAAAACCCUAGCUGUGCCCUAUCCAUCGGCAGCAACAUCUUCAGCUCCAUCUUCUUCUUCUUCUUCUUCUUCUUCGUCUGCUGCUGCUGCUUCGGGACACCCAUGCCAUCUCGUUCGCUGCAGAAUGCUCCCUAUUCCAACGUUCGGUUCUCGUCUCGUGGUUUCAAGUAACCGUGGGAGGGCGAAGAGGCAGGUCGUCCGUAUGGCCCCCGAUGAAGAGAAGCUCACCCGCCGCAAUCCUCUCGAUUUCCCCAUCGAGUGGGAGAGGCCGAAGCCAGGGCGUAGACCCGAUAUAUUCCCCCAGUUUAGCCCUAUGAAAACGCCAUUACCACCUCCACUGCCAUAUGAUCCUCCGGAAGAAGAUGAGGAAGACGAAGAGAAGAAAGAGGAAGAGGAGGAAGAUCCUGAUAAGGAAGAGCCAGAGCAGCCUGAGAAGCAGUAGAACUCUGUUAGUGGCAAUUUUGUUUGUAUUCACUUAGUUCAUGUUAGCUCUUGCUUUAUCUGGUGCAUAUAAAGAGUGGAUGAUGAUGUAAUGGUCAUCCUGGUAGAACGUUGUUUACAAGUUUGGGCUGAAAGGAUCACUCACAACUCUUGUUGAGAUAUUUUUGCAGGCUAAUUUUGGGGAAUAGCUUAAAUUUCUGGUUUGGUAGACUUGUAAGCAAUACAAGUGAUUGGAUUCAAUGAAUGAUUGCUUCUGAUUUGGGAGUCA